GAAAGAGUCAGGCAGGCUGGGGUUUGGGAGGAAAGGGUUAGUUGUGGGCUUUCCCUGGCUGGAUCCCUUUUCUGCUUGCAGACCCCUGCCCCCCUCCCCCCCAAAAAACACCCUGAAAUCAAACACCCUGCCCCCCCCCCCCAAACCAAACCGAACAAUAGUAACAGCAAAGCAUGGGGCCUGCGGAAUCUGCUGCCAGCUGCACCCGGGUUAACCACUCCUGACCUGACCCAGAGGAAGGCCUGGGCCAAAGUGAACUUGCACAUGGUUAUGAGCUUUAGGGUAUCAGAACUGCAGGUUCUCUUGGGUUUUGCUGGCAGAAACAAGAGUGGAAGGAAGCACGAGUUGCUCACAAAGGCAUUACAGCUGCUCAAAUCUGGCUGCAGCCCGGCUGUUCAGAUGAAAAUUAAGGAGCUGUACCGGCGAAGGUUCCCGAGGAAGAUCUUAACCCCUUCAGACUUAUCCAUGCUCCAUAUUCAGACAGGGCAACUGCCCUCCGCCACUGCACUGACGCAGGGCAGCACGGUGUGUCAUUUGCCCUAUGAUAACAGUUCGGCAGCUUCUGCAGUGCCAACGGCUAUGUUGCCUCCGGUGCCUAUGCUGGGACCCAAACAUGAGACAGAUGUUCAGCACUUAUCCCCGCCCAUUCAUCCGGUCCAUCCAGAUGUCAAAAUGAAGAGGCUGCCCUUCUACGACGUUUACGAUGAGCUGAUUAAACCCACCACAUUAGCAUCUACGAACAGCCAGCGGUUUGAAGAGGCGCACUUCACCUUUGCGCUAACACCUCAGCAAGUUCAACAGAUUCUCACCUCUCGAGAUAUCUUACCAGGUGCCAAAUGUGACUACACUGUACAGGUACAAUUAAGGUUUUGCCUGUGUGAAACCAGCUGUCCCCAAGAAGAUUAUUUCCCUCCUAAUUUAUUUGUCAAGGUCAAUGGAAAGCUCUGCCCUCUGCCUGGCUAUCUGCCGCCCACUAAAAAUGGUGUGGAGCCAAAGCGACCGAGCCGUCCCAUCAACAUUACUCCUUUGGUGCGGCUUUCGGCAACUGUUCCCAAUACGAUCAUCGUGAAUUGGUCCUCCGAGUUCGGCAGGAACUACUCUCUGUCAGUUUACCUGGUGAAACAGCUGACUUCAGUCACACUGCUACAGAAGCUAAGAGCCAAGGGCAUUCGGAACCCAGACCACUCCCGGGCCCUGAUCAAAGAAAAAUUAACAGCUGAUCCCGACAGCGAGAUAGCAACAACGAGCUUGCGGGUUUCUCUCAUGUGUCCGCUGGGUAAGAUGAGGCUAAUAGUGCCCUGCCGAGCCAUUACCUGCACCCACCUCCAGUGCUUUGACGCGGCGCUCUACCUUCAGAUGAACGAGAAGAAACCUACAUGGACCUGCCCUGUGUGUGAUAAGAAAGCCCCCUAUGACAGCCUGAUCAUUGAUGGGUUGUUCAUGGAAAUCCUCAACUCGUGUACGGACUGUGAUGAGAUCCAGUUCAUGGAAGAUGGCUCCUGGUGUCCCAUGAAGCCCAAGAAAGAAAACCAGGAGGUGUGCCCGACAUCUGCGUACAAUGGGAUUGAGGCCAGCUCCCUUUACGCUGUGGGCUCUGACGGAAAACACUCCUUGGAGAGCAAAAAGAAAGUGGAGGUCAUUGACCUCACGCUGGACAGCUCAUCGGACGAAGAGGAGCCUCCUAUCAAGAAACAGUGCCCUGUCUCCACGGUGGCUAUCCCGUCGGCAGUAGGGCCCAAGGGGGUGUUAAAUGUUGAUCACCAGCCAUCCUCUGUGCUUCGAAGUCCUCCCAUGGCAGCUAUCGGCAGUGACUAUCUCUCCAGCCUCCCAAUCCCCGAAUACCACCCUUCCUACCAGGUGCCAUCAGAGAUUCAAGGUCUGGAUUUGUUUACCUUCCUUCAAAGUGAAAAUCAGCACUACAGCCCUUCCGUGAUCACCUCCCUGGAUGAACAGGACGCCCUGAGCCAUUUCUUCCAGUACCGAGGCACGUCUACCCAUUUCAUGAACCCUCUGGCUCCCGUCAUGGCAGGAUCCCACAACAGCAUCAGCCCUGCCAGCGGCCGCAUCAGCAGCAUUGUCUCCUCCACCACGCUGCGGGAGAGCCAUGGGCACAGCGGGACAAUGAGUAACAGCGCAGCUCUCCCGGGCUGCAGGUCGGACAUCAUUUCCUUAGACUAGCCCCAGGCCCAGGCAUCUCGUUUCCCCCCCAAGGAUGGGAGAGAAAAGCAGAUUUCAGCAGCUGCUGCUGAGUUGGGAUUUUGUCUGGGAUGGAAAGGACCCAACCAAUACCAGGUCUCCUAAGUGUGUGUCUCGGUCAGGGCAACUCCCCUGUUACGUCCAACCUUGGAGCCUCACAGGCGUGGCUUUCAGUUCUGCACACGCUUGCCUGAGCGCCCUGGUAUGGCUUGCUGGGGGGUGCCAGUGGCCAGCAGGGAAAUGCUAACCUCUGGUUUUCAAGACCAUUUUAAAACUGUGUUUUUAACUCUCUUUUUUUGGUAGGAUUCUGCACAAAGAUCCUACAGUGAGAAUCCCCACCUUGGUGCUGUCCUGCUGGAACAGCACCAUCUAGUGGCCAAAGCAGGACUUAGCGGCCAUUCACCCUUGGGGAUCAGAGAAUAUCAGGGUUGGAAGGGACCUCAGGAGGUAUCUAGUCCAAUCCCCUGACAGAUUUUUGCCCCAGAUCCCUAAAUGGCCCCCUCAAGGAUUGAACUCACAACCCUGGGUUUAGCAGGCCAAUGCUCAAACCACUGAGCUACCCCUGGGAGGUCACCUUCUGCAGCCCUUUGCACCACACCACUACUGGCUCCCUGAAGUGGGGUGAAGAGAGAAACUUGUGUGAGUCCAGCAAGCCUCUAGGCAUGGAUGGAAGGUGGGUGGGUGUCUUUCAGGGAGCUGCCCGCUGCUUUUAUGCACCAACACAAGCUCUUUGGCAGUAGGGAUUGAGCUGGAUCUGGGCUCCUAUGGCAUUCUUGACUCCUUAAUCCUCUUCUUUGCUCCCCUCCUUCCCUGGGGAGUCUGCCCUCCCAGCCCUAGGUUAGAGCAAAGAGCUGGUGACUCAGAAAGAGGCUCGCAAACUUCUGCUUCCAGCUACCAGGCUGUGCUGAGAACCUCUGCUGUCCCAGGGUUUCAAUAACCGAAUGGGCAGGAAAACAGAUGCUUUAACUGAGCCCUGAUUCCAAACCUCAUCCAGCAAACAUGGACAUUCCCCAGCAGAGACCUAGCCACGGCGGGGAGGGUGAAUCUGCAGCCUACGUGCACUUCAGGUUUCCCAUUAAGCAGGUGAGCAGCUGGGGCUCCCUCCCACCUCGCUCUCGAUGGUAUGAUCCGAAGCAACACCGCUGGGCCCCAAACUCAGCUCUGCUGAGCGAAUCCGUUCUUCAACCCCCCGUGCAAACCUCUCGUGUUUGUAAUGGAACGUGCUAGUGGGUGAGAGCCAGAAAGAGAAACUGAUCGAUCCGUUUUCAAGGAGAAAAAAAAGAUUUUGUAAAUGUGUUUUUUUUUUUUAAUUGAACAACCUGUGGCAUUACGAGUAGCGCAGGAAAGGAAACGUUCACUUUUUAAUUAUGAACGUUCACCACCUUUAAAGUCAGCCGUUUCCUGGCUGCUGUUUUAGUGUUGUCCUCAUUACGACGUAACCUUUUUUUGGUAAGAAUCAAGGCAAAAAGAGGCCAUUUGAAUUGAUGUCCUGUCAGUGGCAUUUACACGUGGGUUGAGGCAGUUCUUUAUUGGGAUGCUAGAGGAGGCAAGCGGGGGUGGGGUGGGGAGGGAUUCUUGCUUGCGAACCCUCCUGCAGAUAGGACAGUAUCGAGUGGAGGCGUAGCAGGGUGACUGCCAGGCCUUUUGUCUCCCAUCCAUCCCCUCGCGGAGGCACUGGGCAGCUCGGCCCAGUCUGUCUCGGUUGUAAUUACGAUGUAUUUUUUUUAAAUGUAGAUGUUUUCCUCCUCCUAAGUAUUUCCAAUACAGAUCUGUACAGAGAACAAAGCUAUAUCUAUAUUUUUAGUUGCAGCUUUUGUACAUCCAAAACUCCAAAGACCUCUCUGUGUCUAUCUCCUGAGGACUAAAUGAAGGUUGUGUUGUCCCCGCUACAGCGCCUUCGCGGGGACAGCGCAUCGCCUGUUGCACAAUUUAUUUAUGUAUUUAAAUGUAUCCCUUCGUUUGUAACCUUCACAGCAUCACAGCUGCUGCUUCGAGUGUCCUGCGUAACCAAGGUCUCGCUAAACUACCCCAAGUACCUACUGCCAAGCUCAUAUUUUUAUUACUGUAGCAAGAUUGGCACAUGAGUUCGAUGCGUCAAAAUGGCAUUCAGAAAGUAUAAUAUGUAGCAGUUUUUUUGCACCUUUUCUCCCCUCCCAAGUGUCCUCCUCAAGAACUUAAAAACAAACCAAUUUCCCUGUGGUUCUGGACAAGGCUGCUCUGGGGUAGCUGUGCCCAGACUCCUGCUGUGACUUUAAUGGUUCUCGUAUCAUAGUUGUAGUGAAUUUCUGAACGCAAUAAAAGUUGGAAAUCCUACUGAGGAAUAGUUAAGGUGCAGCUUUACCGUGCGUUCUUCGCCCAGGCUUAGUCGCGCUAAUCAUUUCCCCUCGGUUUUGGAGAGGGACGAGUCCAGCUGACGCUCCGCAUUUAAAGAGCGGUCGGCUGGAAAAUGAUGAACCAACUACUGCAGUCUCCUUCAAAGUACCAGCCCUCAGAACUAGCUUGCUUGGCUCUUUUCACCGGAAAACCUCCAAGUGGCAGACGUAGCUCUCUGUAAACCAAGAAUUAUCCUUCCCCACUUGCGUGAACGGCUUUGAAAGCCUUGGUGGAGAAGUGCGAGGUCGAGGAUUUGCUUUUUGGAGAAAUGGUGCUUGGAGAGAUUACUGGACUUCUGCAAACCCCUUUCUCUCUGCUCAUCUUCCCAGCACCAAGCUGAAAAGGGACUUAGGACCAGACCAAAUGUACUGUGUACAUUGCUGUGGGAACGUAAUUGUUUGGGGGGGUUUUCAAGUUCUGAUGUUGGGGGGCGGGGGGAUGGACAGACCCGCUCCCAGUAAAGGCAGAUUUCUAUACACAUUUGUAACCCUCCCCGUCUGUCCUUUGGCCCGUCUCCUACCAAGAUCCUGCAGGGCCAGUCACAGGCUGAUCAGCCCGCGUGACAAUCCAGUGGCUCCACUGUACCCUUGGAGAGGCAGGUACUUUCAGUGUUACGUACAGGGGGUGGUUGAGGUGUAGCUAGAAGCUGAGGAGACCGACAUGAAGGUAUUACGCCUUUACAGGGAGCGCUGGCUGUUUUCAAGGUUUGUACAUACAAGUUGUUUGUGU